UAGAACCGACAGUAGAUCUCAGGUCACAGACCAUAGCAGACUAUGAAGUUGUCUGUUGUUUGAACAAGGACUCAAACAAUUUAUUGGAUUGUGUUUGAUAUUUGUUGCUCGAAACAAAUCGGUUAUUUCUCCUUUUAAUGUUCGUAAGUCUUGAGGCGAUCAUUUAAUGUUUAAAAGUAUAACACAGUGCAAGAAUAAAACUAACAUUUCGAACAAAUACAUGUUUUGUACAGUCGAGUGUGCGGAUUCCAGGGUCAGUGUUUUAUUAAAAAGUGGUGUAUUUAUCGCUUUUAGCGAUGUGUGAUGUUAUAAAAUUGAUUUGAUGGUGUUUUUAAAAAAUUCAUGGUGUUUUCUAAGUUUUUAGUUGUGUUUGGAAAGUAUAUCGUGAAUCAUAGGUUCCACAACAGAGCAGACGGAUUCUACCAUGGUCGUAAAACGUUCUGCAGAGAGUACGGAGUCACCAAUUUUAGAGGAGGCCGGUGAGAGUGGUUCAGAACAGAAGCCAAAGCCUCCAAUUAAAUAUGGAGAACUCGUCAUACUCGGAUACAACGGCUUCCUACCGGCCGGCGAACGCGGACGGCGCAGAAGCAAAUUCGUAUUAUACAGAAGGCCGCAACCAAAUGGUGUGCGAAGGUCUAAACACUAUGUGGUGAAGACACCACACAGCAGUAAAGCAAUUCUCGACGCGAGCCAGCACUCCAUAUCCUACACGUUGAGCCGCAGUCAUGCGGUCAUUGUUGAAUACACAGAGGACAUGGAAACGGAUAUGUUUCAGAUUGGCCGGUCGUCGGAAUCUCCGAUCGACUUUGUCGUCAUGGACACAGUAGCUGGCGAUAAGACAGGUGAUACAAAAGUAUUGCAGAGCACCAUAUCCCGCUUCGCGUGUCGCAUCAUAGCCGACCGCGAUGAUGUCAACAAUUGUCGCAUUUUCGCCGCCGGUUUCGACUCGUCAAGAAAUAUCUUCCUUGGGGAAAAAGCAACAAAAUGGUCGGAGAAUCACGAAAUAGACGGUUUGACGACGAAUGGCGUGCUUAUAAUGCACCCCAGAGGCGAUUUCUGCGGGGGCAACGCCACCUGUGGCCCGUGGCGUGAAACUUCAGUCGGCGGAGCUGUCUUUUCGCUUAGGGAGAGCCGAUCUGCUCAGCAAAAGGGACUACCGUGUCAGGAAGAAACAAAUGUACUGCGGGAUGGAACUAUGAUAGACUUAUGCGGUGCAACACUUUUAUGGAGAAGUGCUGAAGGACUGAAAAACUCACCGACAAAACGCGAUCUAGAAGCACUUGUGGAUGAACUAAACGCGGGUAGGCCACAAUGUCCCGUGGGUCUAAAUACACUGGUCAUACCGAGGAAGCUGUCUACUGCUCAUCAAGACCUGAACCAGCCCUAUGUAUACCUUAAUUGUGGACAUGUUCAAGGCGAGCACUCCUGGGGUGCGGAAGGUAGUGAGACGGGCGUGCGUCGUUGCCCUAUGUGCCUAACAGCUGGAUCCGUAGUGCGUGUUUGUAUGGGAAUCGAGCCCGCCUUUUACGUUGACUCCGGUCCGCCCACCUAUGCGUUCAACCCCUGCGGACACAUGGCUUCGGAAAGGACAGUCAAAUAUUGGGCAACAGUAGAUAUUCCCCACGGAACGAACGGAUUUCACGCGAUUUGUCCGUUUUGCGCAGCGCCGUUACAGGGCACACCCGGUUAUGUGAGACUCAUCUUUCAGGACAAUCUUGACUGAAUAUCCGAGCGAAUGGUUUGCUAGUAUCAGGUAACCGAAGACAAGGAACACGAAAUUUUUAUGCAUUAGUUAUGACUACCCUCCGUUUCUUGAGGGUACUUUCAUGACUCACCAAAACCAUAUGGAAUCUCAUUUAAUUCCUAUAAAGGAUGCUUUUGGUUACGUAGAAAAAUAUAGUACAAACAUUACUUGCCUUGUAUUAAUAUGUUUUUCGAUGGUUUUAAGCAAUAGUAUUAAUACUAAAGGCAUCCGAUAAAGUAAAGUUGGGAAAUAAUGUAUCAUCAGCAAUAAUUGAUUGUAAUUGAUCGAAUGAUUAAUAAAAAAAAUACUUGAUGUUCUAGUGGCGAUGGAUCCAAUGUUAAAAUGUAGUAAAUUUUUCACGAACGGAUCCCAUUUAAAAAGUCUCGAUUCUCAAAAUCUAAGCUUUAAGUUAGACUCCCGUAUGACUAAAAAGUAUGCGAUGUUGACUUACGGAAGUCAAACUUAGGCAUAUUGUGUUGCUACAUUUAAUUUUUUUGCAAAACUACCUUGAAAAAUACCAAUAUCAAGAUUGUGUUUGUUGCAACACUGAACUUUGACAAUUGACUUUCGUCAAUUUUUCCUUCUUUACCACACGCAACAUUUAACGGACUGUAAUCAAAAACAAUAAAAAUACUUUAUUGAAAGUCUAAAUCUCCUAAACUGUUUAAUUUGUGGAAAAAUAAUGAAAUUUAAAUUCUUUAACUUGAAAUUAGUCUUGUUAAAUGUAAUAGCUGCUCAAAGGUCCUCCACUUAGAAGACAGAGCUGUAAUCUGAACAGAUGAAGGCAUGACAUAGAGAUUUUCAAUACAUCGAGUGUUUUUGGUAAUUGAAUAUAAAAUGGGUUUAAAUUUGUCUCAACAUUUUUUCUUAAAAUAUAUUUUGAAUACCUCCAUUUAAAUUUCUGCAUCAAUAGUAUCAUGUAAUAUCGUAUUGUUUCAUAUAAUUUCAAGUGUUCGUGUAUUUAAAUGUAAGAUAAGCUUUGUAAAUCGCUCUCGAAAUGAAUUAUAACAAUUUCUGCAGAUUAUUUUGCUAUAUGCGAAUAAAUAUGUGUAAAUAUAAGUUUAAUUUAUGUUUUUGUGUGGCUUAAUAUAAGACGUAUUAGUGGACCGAGCUGAAUAUAAGAAAUUUCAAUACACAGCAGUAGUUAUCACUUUAUAUUUAGAUGUCUGAAAAACCAGUACAAUAUAAUAUGAAUAAAUCAUUUACAUUUACAUAGAUAAAAACGUCAUAGUGACAUUUCAGACGCCAUCUUCGUUGGUACAAAGAUGGCGCCGUAACCAUGGUAACAUAUUUGCUCACUCAUUUUUGAAUGAAUAAACUUAAAAACUCAAUAAAUUGAGGUGAGUGAAUGUGCGAUUUCAGUUUACGUUUUGCACCAUUUUAACUUUUUUUACAAGCACAGAUUUUAAAAAAUUUCGAACUUAUGUCAACGGGAGACCCAAAUUUAUUUUCGUGUAUGGAUCUCAUCUCCCAAGUUCAAACGAUAUAUUCACAUAGUUAAUGAAAUUGUAAAAAUUAAAUAAGUUAGUUGUAGAUUAGCUUACAUUUGAAAAUUAGUUUUUGUACAAUUUAAACUAGUUUAGAAGUUUUAAUUUCAAAUUUUGGGUAUAUUGUAUAUCGGGCUUUAUUUCGUGUUUCAAGUCUGCUAUUAUAGUUAUCAUUACUGGAGCAAACAGUGAGACAAUAUUUUAAGUAGAUCAGAGCUUUAACAGUGUUGCUACAACAUCUUAUAAAUGUGGCAACACUUUAGACUCCGUUCUUAAUAUAACAAUAAUAAUAUGUUAAAGCAAAAGUGAUAACAUUAUAGCUUAGUAUUUUGGCCUUUCCCGCAGUUAGAUUAUUCAUAAAAUCUACCUUCAAUUUAGUGUUCAUUUAGAUUUUAAUGAAUUUUGUUUUACGCUUGUGUUUUGUAAUGGAUGUUUGUUUAGCACUACACAUGGUUACGUCAAACACACGAACUAGGUUAAAAAUGCUGUUUUUUUGCAGAAUAAUAUUUGCAACUGGUAACACAUUCAUAGACAGUAAAAUCAGCAUUUUUAGGUUUAGUUCGAUGAACUAAACAUUCAAUGUAUUGACAGUGACACUAACAUUAGUCGUAAAUAAGAACUGAAUGCUAGCCUUAAUAUUAUUUAUGAUAAGUGCUAAGUCAAUAAAACACUCUUUUGAGUUAGAAAACUUU